UGGUCAGAUUUUUCCCCUUCACUUUUGGUAGGAUAUGUUGUGCUUGUUUCAGACCACUUUGCUAAUAUUUGGCAACUAUUGUGAAUAAACCCUCAAAAUUGGCACGUAUAUGUCAUUUGUUGGCUGUCUACUUCGAGAAGCAUAACUAAAUCGAUAGAAAUGUUUAAAAAGAUACUCAUAGUAAAUAUCACCAAUAUAGUCUCGUAAAUUGCUAGAAAUGUCGUAAGGCUUCUCGAUUUCGGCGUCUAGAAAAUUCAGUGACCAUAUAUGGACAACGCCAGAGUUCCAGAUACAGUGUAAGGUAACUGUUGUCAUACGGUUUACUUGAAACAAACCAUGUUUCCUUUACACUGGAGAAUGACGUAAUAUAUGUGGUUUUGCGCUGAAGUUGAAACCUAAACGCAUUACUUUACUCUACUGCAUCUUUUUUUACUUCGCUUUUUGAUACGGUACGUUUGACCCUCCUGGCUCGCCGUAGAGAGAAUAAACAUUGUCACGCAGCUGUCCCUGUCGUGUUACGUUACUUGCAUAUCAUAUCGCACAUGUAAGUUCUCCCUACGAAAGAUAAGCCGAAUAAUUGUUUCUGUGACACAACGCCAUGGAGCCUCUUAUAAAAAUCAGUCCAGGAGCAACAAAAUGGGAUAUUCGUCAAAAAGUUUGGGACUACAUCGAAGACAAGAAUCUGGCUAACUUCCCCAGGCCUGUUCACAACAGAAUCCCUAAUUUCAAGGGUUCUAUUCAAGCCUGCAACAGGCUUGCUGUCCUGCAGGAGUUCAAGUCCAGCCAGACAGUUAAAAUAAACCCCGACAGACCCCAGCAGCAGGGGGCUUUCACAGCCUGCGCCAAAGUCUCUGAGCUCCAAGUGUUUACCCAGACAGCUGAGGUGAAGGUGGAUCCUGAUAAACCUCUGGAGGGUGUCCGCCUUGCAGUGUUGCAGGCACACAAAACUUUAUUGGUCCCAACCCCUCGUCUUCGUUCUGGCCUUUUUAACAAGAUUGUUCCUCCCCAGGGAGCCAACAAAGAACAGCUGCGUAUAUGCUCUUCCUCUCAGGGUGUGAAAGAGUUUAGCACGCCAAUUGGCCUGGAUGCCAAAGUCAAGGUGGACCUUGUGGUGGUUGGCUCUGUGGCUGUGUCGGAGAAAGGUUUCCGCAUUGGAAAAGGUGAAGGCUAUGCUGACUUGGAGUACGGAAUGAUGGCCUCAAUGGGCGCUGUGGAUGAGUCUACUGUUGUGGUCACUGUCGUCCAUGACUGUCAGGUAGUGGACAUUUCUGAGGAGAUCAUAGAAAGUCAUGACCUGACUGUGGAUUACAUACUCACCCCAAGCAGAGUUAUUAAGACCAAUUGCCAGUCUCCAAAGCCACAAGGAAUCAUCUGGACUAAGCUGGACACAGCAAAACUGGAGAAGAUACCCAUUCUGAAGAAACUCCUGGCCCUGGAGGAACAGGCAGGGAAGGAUGUCAUGCUUGGGGCAGAGCCUCCUGCAACUGAGCCUCCUUUGCCAAAUGAUCAACCCAAAAGGCAAAGCAGACGGAGGCCAAGGCAGAAAGCCCGGCAAGACACCCAGGAAGAGUCCAAUGAGGAGAAAAGUGUGGAGCCAGGACAGAACACCAGACGACAUCCACCUCGAGUGAGGAAAGAAAGCAGAGGAAGUGAGGGAGAGGGUGUCGAAAGGAGAAGGAGAAGGGGGCGAGGAGGUGGGAAUAUGAAGGAGAAGGGUUCAGAGGAGACUGGAGGUGAAGUUCUGACCCAAAGUAAGAGCCUUCCUGGUGUAACCACAGUAUAUCUGGGUGGGAUCCCCACCGAGUUGCGCGUUAGCCAGCUGAAGACCGCCCUUAGAGAGAGACAGGCGGGGCCCCUCAGGCUCACCUGGCAGGGAGCUCAGCACCGGGCCUUCCUGGACUACAGCGACCAGCAGGCUGCCGAGAAGGCCCUCGAGGCUCUGCAGGGUCUCAGUCUGAACGGUUUCAGUCUGCAGGUCGAGAUGGCCAAGAGUCAACGCCGCAGCAAGAGGCCCGGCCCAUCCAAUCGGAGACCAAAACCAGCGGCGGCAACCGCUGCGACAAGUGAUGCAGAAGCAACCAAGUCAAAGAGUGCGACCCCUGAAAAGACUGAGCAGUAAAAAAACAAAUAACUGUGCACUGACCUUAAAAUGCCUUAUAACACAUUGGUAACACAUUGGUUGGUUUCAAUGUAUCUGGGUUGAUUACAGUAGAGCCAGAUGUUUAUAUUGAGCAGCCUCUAAAUAAAAUAUGCAACAACAGCAUCUCUAAAUGUGAAUAUUUUUGAUU